AUGGAUCCGACGACGGCGAUGGUUUCUCCGAUUGAUUUACCGAUUAUGCACGACAGCGAUCGUUACGACUUCGUCAAAGAUAUUGGGUCUGGUAAUUUCGGUGUCGCUCGUCUCAUGACUGAUAAGGUUACAAAAGAGCUUGUUGCUGUCAAGUACAUCGAGAGAGGAGACAAGAUUGAUGAGAAUGUUCAGAGGGAGAUUAUCAAUCACAGGUCGUUGAAACAUCCUAAUAUUGUCAGGUUUAAAGAGGUGAUUUUGACGCCUUCCCAUUUGGCUAUUGUAAUGGAAUAUGCUUCUGGUGGAGAGCUUUAUGAGCGGAUAUGUAAUGCAGGGAGGUUUAGUGAAGAUGAGGCUCGGUUCUUCUUUCAGCAGCUUAUAUCUGGAGUUAGCUAUUGUCAUGCAAUGCAAAUAUGUCACCGGGAUCUGAAGCUGGAAAAUACAUUGUUGGAUGGAAGUCCCGCCCCUCGUUUGAAAAUAUGUGAUUUUGGAUAUUCCAAGUCAUCUGUUCUUCAUUCGCAACCAAAGUCAACUGUUGGUACUCCUGCAUACAUUGCACCAGAGAUUCUUCUUCGACAGGAAUAUGAUGGCAAGAGUGCAGAUGUAUGGUCAUGCGGCGUAACCCUGUAUGUAAUGUUGGUUGGAGCAUAUCCAUUUGAGGAUCCAGAAGAGCCAAGAGAUUAUCGAAAGACAAUACAAAGGAUCCUUAGUGUCACAUACUCGAUCCCCGAGGACUUGCACCUUUCUCCAGAAUGUCGCCAUCUAAUAUCGAGGAUUUUUGUGGCAGAUCCUGCAACAAGAAUCAGUAUCCCGGAGAUCAGAUCCCAUGAAUGGUUCUUGAAGAAUCUUCCCAAUGAUCUGAUGGACGAGAACAGAAUGGGUAGUCAGUUUCAAGAUCCCGAGCAGCCGAUGCAGAGCCUCGACACUAUAAUGCAGAUAAUAUCAGAGGCUACGAUUCCAGCUGUUCGAAACCGUUGCCUUGAUGAUUUCAUGGCGGAUAAUCUUGACCUAGACGAUGACAUGGAUGACUUUGAUUCCGAAUCUGAGAUUGAUGUUGACAGUAGCGGAGAGAUAGUUUACGCUCUCUGA